UCAUUUGGUAGGUACAGCGCAUGCGCCACAGCCAAUAUGGUUACGAAAACGGUUGUUACAUGACGGGUUUCGAGGUAAAUUCAGUGUAAACUUUGCAAUAGGAGAGAAAUAAACGUGGUACAAUGGCAGAAGAAGAGCAGGAGAGCAAGAACAAGGGUUUCAGGCUGCUGGGGAUUCUGGAUGUCCAGAACACUCCGUGUGCCAGAGAUGCCGUCCUGCAUGGAGCUGGAGGCUCACUAGCUGCUGGCCUGCUACAUUUUCUGGCCACUAGUCGUGUGAGGAGGUCUUUUGACGUGGGAUUUGCAGGCUUCAUGCUCACCACACUGGGGUCCUGGUUUUACUGCAGGAUGAACAACGCUAAGCUUCGUGUGCAGCAGAGGAUGAUCCAGGAUGGCAUCAAGAACAAGGUUGUGUAUGAAGGGACCAUUCUAGACCCCACAAAAAAAACUGGAGCAGAAACACCUCCAGGCCCCUCAUGACCUCCAGCACCAGAAUUCCUCCCCUUUUUUAUGUAAAGGUGAGGAGAUGAGGACAGUAUUAGGGUCCUACAAAGACUUUACAUCCAGCUUUUCAACAGAAAAGCUGCACAAAUGAUGGAAGGAAUUUAAAUUUCAUUUUUUUCAUGGGUGUUUUUUUUCCUUUUGUCUGACAACUACUUCAUUAGAUCUCAUAUUCCAAACUGCCACAUAUGGACUUUUUGACUGAAGAAUAAGCUGUUUGUAGAGUGUCCUCUGAUCCUGAAACAACAAAAAAUGUUUCAUGUUUUCUAAAUGUUGUUCCACCCCGACAUUGACUAAGCAAAUGUACCAGUUAAACUCUUACUCCCUCUAAACCCUGUGAUGCAUGACAUGUUGUGAUUACAGUAAUUCCUUUGUCUCUCAGAAUAAAGGAUAAGUUUCUUGUGUACACCAGUCAACCACUAAAUAGUGUAAGUAAGUACUUUAACACACAGAAGGGGACGACGAGCAACAUAUACAUCCCCACCUUAAAUCAAUCUGUUGACCACCAGAAUGCUCAGUUUUCUGUCAUCUGUCAAAGUCAAACACCUGCUAUGAUGUUGUUCGGG